AUGCUUGGGCGGAGUCUCCUUGUACCAACAACAUUCAUUCUCAUAGCAUUUUGGCUCAUCGAGAAGAACGAAAUAUUGCAAACGACCACAGUCAUGAUGUACCACGCAGUUCCUGGAUUCUUUGGCCACGAUGAGGAGCCUACUGGGCCUCAAUUUCGAGCGACAACGCAACCAGGGCUAGGCCUUAUCAAUCGCACUUACGAAACCGACGCAACCUUUGACCCAGAAGGCGAGAAAACCCAAUGGGAGCGGUUCAUCCACUUCAUUGAACAUGAAAACCAAUCAGGUCAAGGUAAAUAUACAUACAAGAUUGUCGUCGCCAUCAGACAUGGCCAAGGUCAUCACAAUGUGAAAGAAGCCGAAGUAGGGCGGGAUUCGUGGAAUUCUCAUUGGUCACUCCUUGAAGGUGAUGGCAAAGUUAAUUGGUUGGACUCCCACUUGACGGAGAAGGGGAAGCAACAAGCACAAACACUUAACUCAUUAUGGCGGGAAUCAAUCAAGGACUUGGGUAUGCCAACUCCGCAGAGUCAUUACACUAGUCCCCUUGCCCGCUGCCUUGAGACGACGAGACUUGUGUUUUCGGGCCUUGAGGUUGCGCCAGACCGGCCAUUCCAGCCUGUCAUCAAGAACAAACUACGAGAGCGAUUCGGAGAGCAUACCUGUGACCGACGCAGCACGAGAAGCUGGAUUGUAUCCAACUACCCUGAAUUCAAGAUCGAAGACGGCAUCACGGAGAAUGACGAGGAAUGGAAGGCGGAUAAGCGAGAGACGGAGAAUGAAAUCGCUAACCGGGUAAAAGAGCUUUUGGAUGAUGUCUUUCUGAAUGACAAUAAGACAUUUAUUUCAUUCACAGCUCAUUCAGGGCUGAUCCGGGCCCUGUACAGCGUCACAAAGCACCCUGAGGUUUGGGUAUCUGCUGGUACGAUGGUGCCACUCUUGAUAAAGGGUGAGGUGUAG